GUGCAUCGCAUACAGCUUUAAUAUUUAUAUUUAUUUGAAAGUAUCUCUGUGAGAGGUUUUCGCUGGAACACUUUGUAUUUGAUUUUUGUAUCUUGUUCAUAGUUUACCUAGAAUUUUCUCGUUACUACCGAAAAUGCCAGCCAUUGAAUUUGAAACGCACCCUUCCGUAUCAGGACUGAUCGUAAAAGGAGUCACCGAUCAGUACGCUGACGGUAAGAUGGCAAACGUCUACUCAGAAUUUGUCGGAGAUACGAACGUUAGAACUCAGAAAUAUAAAACAUUUCUGCUCGAUUUGCUGCGAAAGAAGGGCUGCAGGAGAAUCUUGGACGUUGCUUGUGGAACUGGAAUUGACUCCAUUAUGCUUCUUGAAGAAGGAUUCGAGGUGGUUUCAACCGAUGGCUCUGACAAAAUGCUCAGACAUGCAUUCGAAACAAGGUGGGAAAGAAGGAAAGAACCGGCAUUUGACAAAUGGAUUAUUAAGGAGGCGAACUGGUUAAAUCUUUAUGAUACUGUGCACGAUAUUGUUGGAGAUGGAUUUGAUGCAGUAAUUUGCUUUUUUAGUUCGUUUGCCCAUUUGUUAGACUCGUAUGGUGAUCAACGUGAACAGAAACAAGCUAUAUCAAAUUUUAAAAAAUGCUUAAAACCGGGUGGUUUACUUUUAAUUGACCAUAGAAAUUAUGAUAAACUUCUUGAAGGAAAAGUUCCUGAAAUGGGUGUGUACUAUAAAGACAGUUCUAUUACAAAUAUAACAACAUCCGUUUUAUCUGUAAUGGGAAAACCGGGCUUAAUUAUUCGAGACUAUAUAGUAGACGCCGACAAAAAUAAUCAAAAUAAUGGUAAAAUGAUCAAGUCUGACAGUAAAACGGAAUUGCGAUUAAUGUUUUACCCUCAUACUAUGACCAGUUUUAGAAAUAUGCUCAUGGAAAUUUUCGGAAAACAAUCAACAUACUCCACCUUGGGCGAUUUUCAAAAUCUAAAUGAAAUUGAAAAUCCUACUUUCUACAUUCAUGUUGUGGAAAAAUCAUAAUGAGAAUUUUUGUUUUGUUUAUUGUUAAGUCUGUUACUUGCUUUUACUUAGUGCUUACACUAAUAAGUUAUUUCGUAAAUUAUUUCAUUAACUUAGUUAAAGAACCUAUUAACAGCCGACCUUGGCACAACACAUGAUCUGCUAUUAAUUGUGGAAAAAUAUACAUAUAUAUUUUUGCCAAUUAUACUCUACCUACAUAUUUACAACUGAAAAAAUGUUCUAAAGUUGUUUAGAUAGAAUGUUCCUGGUGUCUAAAACACAUCCAGUUUCUUAA